CGGUGGUGGCAAUCGUCGUGUGACCAGAAAAACCCCCCCCAGGAGAUUACCGACAGACGACCACAAAGGGUAAAGUUAAAGCUAAAGGAAAUGCUUGGUUCCGCGGCCAACAAACAGUCGUAAUGGAUAACAUUGUGCAUAACUUUGCCAACAUCACAUUUCAGCCGAAAGAAGUCGGAUUGUCGGAGAAUCGCUCCGGUAGCAGUAGCAGUUUCUCGUGGAGCCUGAAGCCCAUGGCUACGGCCAUGUCGGACGUGGAGGAGAUGCAGGAUGCAGGGUCCAAGGAAUCGGAGGCCAGCGAGAGCAGUGAUCAGUCCGAUGAGGUGGACUCGCAGCUGAGCCGCGGGGAGGACGAUGACAGCGACUGGCACAGCGGGACCACCCGCAGGGGCGGCGUGGCUCGGCGCCGCAUGCCAGCACGCGUUUCAAAGGACAACUUCAACCGCGUCUGCAGUGCCAUCAUGAAGCCCAUAAAGAAGAACCGUCGCAAGGAGCUAACCACCAAUUCACAGACACUCAAGAGCAUCGAGAAGAUAUACACCAACAAGCGCAUGAAGAAGUUUACGCCCACGAAUCUUGAGACAAUCUUCGAGGAGCCCAGCGACGAGAAUGCCGCCGAUGUGGAGGACGACAGUGAGGAGUGCUCGAUCAGCAGCCAAGUGCGAAUUGUGAAGUUUGGCAACCGAAAGCUGCGACGCGCCAUUUCCUUCAGUGACGGACUGAACAAGAACAAAAUCCUGUUGAAGAAGCGACGCCAGAAAGUGAAGAAGACCUUUGGCAAACGCUUCGCCUUAAAGAAGAUCUCAAUGACCGAAUUUCACGAUCGUCUCAACAAGAGUUUCGACAGUGCAAUGCUCGAAGGCGACGAAGGCGAUGCCGGAGCCGGUCCCGGAGGAAGAAACGCUGAAGCCAAGACUGCCAUGACCAUGGACGACAUACAGCUGCACACACUGAGCCAGUACCACAUGCACCAGCCGCAGCAGCAGCCGCAGCCGGCGGCUUUCGAGUAGAGAGAGACUGAAACAUCUACAUACAUAUGUACGUAAUAUCAUUAUUGCACUCGGAUAGAUUGUGUCACUGUUUUACACCUUACACCCAUUGCAUAAAUUACAAUAGAUAUUACGAAUAGUGUCCAAAUAUAAUGUGACCGCAGGGAGUUCCCAUUGAAUGCUGCUGGGCCUGCAAUCUCGCAUGCGGUCACCUGUACUGAUACCAAUUAUUG